GCCCAUCCCCCAUCCUCUGCGCCAUAACAUGCAUUCCCAGAGGAGUUGGCAAGAUGAAUGAGGACGCCUGCAGGCAGAGAGCUCAGCGAUGGCAGCGCAAGUGGCCCCCGAGGCUCAGCCCAUCCCGGAAGUUGAUAUUCUCUUCCUCGGCAGCCCCGGCGUAGGCAAAGCCACCUUCCUGUCACAGCUGGAACACAUCCGCGACGGCAAGCUUGACCAGUCGGCGCCUCGAAAGCGAGUCUUCGCCCCGUCGGGCCCGGUGACCUUCGACGUCAGCCUGUUUCGGCGUCCGUACAAGUUCCGGAUCCAUCCCUCGACGUCGCCGCUGUUCAUCGACCCGUUUCCGUCGGCGCCGGCGUUCGCCAUCAUCGCCUUCUCCAUUUCGUCCCGUGAGUCUCUGCACAACGCCCAGUAUUACUGGCGCAAGCAGCUGUCCCUGCACUACCAUGACGUCGAGCACAACAUGCCCGUCAUGCUGCUGGGCCUGAAGCGGGACGAGCGCACCGAGCAGAGGCGCGAGGACGGGUCUUACGAGUGUGUCAUGCCGCAGGAAGGGCUGCGCGCCGCCCAGGAGAUGCACUGUGAUCGGUAUGCAGAGUGCAGUGCUUUGACGGGCGAGUUGAUGUGGGAGGUCCUAGAGGACAUCACCCGGACUGCAGCGAAAACGACCACGGAAUCUGGCGGGUUGAGCGGGGCCAGCAGUUGUUCUGUGAUGUGAAGGGCAGCACUGAGUUGGUGAACUCUCGCCGUAGAGACGAAUUGGCACUUUGAUGACCACAUUCUGAGUUAAGUCAAGGAGUAUAUCACAAUCUAUCUUUUGAUGCAUUGUGAUGGAGCCAAAUGAUAUGCUCCUCCCCACCCGCAAACGCUAUGCUAGUAAUGCAAUCGAGUAUAGGGACAAAAUCCCCCGAUGAAAUGAAAUGCUC